AUGUCGGCAAUGAGGACGGUGGACUGGCAGUGGGAGAAUGCCACCGCGGGCGCCGUCGCUGGCCUCGCCUCCGUCACGUUCUCUCAUCCCCUUGACGUCGUCCGAACUCGCUUCCAAGUGAAUGAUGGCCGGAAUAAUCUCCCGGUCUACAGAAACACUCAUAAUGCUCUCUUCACCAUUGCUCGUACCGAGGGUCUUAGAGGGUUAUAUGCAGGCUUUUACCCUGCUGUUCUUGGGUCCACAGUUUCAUGGGGUUUAUAUUUCUACUUCUACAGCAAAGCCAAGCAACGGUAUAUGAGAACCAGGGAGGAGCUGAGCCCACGUCUUCAUCUUGCUUCAGCUGCCGAAGCAGGAGCCUUGGUAAGUCUUUGCACCAAUCCUGUUUGGCUGGUGAAAACAAGAUUGCAGCUUCAGACGCCUCAGCAAGCACAUCCAUAUUCUGGGUUACAUGACGCUUUAAGAACCAUAAUGAAAGAAGAGGGAUGGAGAGCACUCUACAAAGGUCUGGUGCCUGGUCUUUUUCUGGUUACACAUGGUGCUAUUCAGUUCACAGCAUAUGAGGAACUUCGCAAAUUUGUUAUCAAUUAUAGGACCGACGAAAGUGAAAUAAAUUCUAUUACAGCUGACACUUCACUGGAUUCAUUUGAUUAUGCAAUAUUAGGGGCUUCUUCAAAACUAGCUGCCAUUCUUUCGACAUAUCCAUUUCAGGUUAUCCGAGCUCGCUUGCAGCAACGGCCAAGCACUGAGGGGAUUCCGAGAUACAUGGAUAGUUGGCAUGUAGUGAAGGAAACAGCGCGGUUUGAGGGUGUACGAGGCUUCUACAAGGGUAUCACUGCAAAUGUGCUGAAAAAUGCUCCAGCUGCUUCAAUUACAUUUAUAGUGUAUGAGAAUGUAUUAAAUAUGCUGAAAUUCAGGAGGAAAGAUUAA